UUUAUUUAUAUACAACUUUUCAACUUCUAAUAAAACAAUUCACACAAAAUCUUUAAAAAAACAUCAACAUUUAUCAAUUUUUGGUUGAAAAUAAAAACAAAAACCAUCGCCAUGCCUCCUAAGGUCCAACCGAAAUGUAUUCAAUGUGAAAAAAACGACAGUCCAAUGUGGCGCAACACAGAUUUGGGACAAUUGUGCCAAGAAUGCUAUGACCAGAAUUCGAAUCAAAUUAAAACCGAACCUUCUGUCGGACCCGCCGCUGCCGAAACUGAAAACACUUCUACGGAACAGCAGCAGCCAUCGAAUGGGAACAAUAACAAUGGCAACAGCAACAAUUCUACAACUUCCAAUCCUCCACCGCCGCCACCAGACGAGAAGAAACUCCGAAAGAGCACUCGAGCAACACGCUUCAAAACCAAGUCGGGCCAAGCUGGCCAGACAGGGAAGAAUCUCCCCAAAGGACGCAGUCGCAGGAAUAUCUUCAAGAAGACUCCAUUCAAAACCCCCAUUGUCCAAGCUUCCACACACACCGUUGAGUGUCUCUUCUAUAAGGGUUCCUAUAUCCAAGUGGGUGAUAUUGUGUCUCUCAUGGACGCCGAUCACAACGUCUACUACGCCCAAAUACGCGGCCUUCUUGUGGAUACGUACUGCGAGAAAUCCGCCUUCCUCACUUGGCUAAUCCCAACACAAGUCAGCCCUGAUCCCAAUGAGUCCUUUGACCCAAGUACAUACCUAAUCGGUCCCGACGAAGAACAAUCCCGAAAACUGUCGUGCCUCGAAUUUGUCAUGCAUGCUCCAAGCAGCUACUACCACGACAAGACGACACCCUUCCCACCUCCCGACUCAAUGGACUACGACACCAAACCCGGUGGAUACAUUUGGACAAACCUCCAUCCCGUCGAUCGCCCCAACAAAAACAAAAAAGAGUUCGACACAUAAAAAACAAAACAAAGAAAACUUCGAGCGAGGAUCUUUUAUUAGUUUUUACCUAAAAUUAAAGAAAACAAAAUAAAACGCUUAUAACAGACUUAA